UCAGAACCCUGGGGGGUGAGAGGAGCGCUAGGUGGGGAAGGACCGAAACGUGGAGUCGUCUGUUACCCAGCAGUCGGAACUGGUGCUCAGCGUCCAGGGGGCAAGACACAGCGUGAGCCAGAAGGAAACAAACCGACAAGAAGCCCCCAGAAGCCAUCAGGAAAGCCUGGAGAUUCUGAUGACACGAAAACUAAAAUCCCCUGUGUGACCAAGCACAACCCGCAAACCGCACAGUCAAGAGACAAGUGAUAACAUGGGGAAAAAAUAGUAGCAAGAGGUGACUAAGGGCUCGCGUCAGUCUCUCACACACACACACACACACACACACACACACAGAGCUGGACACACGGACAAGGCAAAGUGCAAGGACAAGAGAGCAAAAGGGGGCGGAGGAGAGGAAGGGAGAGGGAAGGAAGCGUCUUCUCCACCGGGACGCAAUUCCUUGGGAGUCCGUCUGACCCCAGGGCAAAGGGAUGCUGGGUCGCCAGAGCCGCCGAGGAGACUGGAAGUCCCGCCAGGCCUCGGAGCCCAGCAAAGAGGAACCCGGGCGGACGGGUCAAACCCAGCGGCCGGCUCCGGGGGUGGGUGGUGGCGCUGUGGGGAGCCGCCUGAGCAGCAUCACCAGCAGCUGGGAACCCUCCCGGUGCGGGAAGGUUGGCGGGAGACAGGCCAGGAAGCGCCCCAGCCCACGACCGCCCGCAGCAGAGCAGGAUUCCCUCCCCGGCGGCCACCGCUGUCAAGGGACGGGCAAGACUCUGUUACCCCACCGCGCGCCACCGCGGAACGCUGCACAGACACCUCCAGACGCCGCUUCCCCCAGGACGCCCGCCCGCCCGCUCUGCCCACCUAUCCCUGGACGCUGCCGGGUGGACGGGUGGGGACGGCUCUGCUUCCCCACGACUCCCCAGACGCGCCCCGAAGCACUUUCGGAGCACAGUGGAGUGGGAAGGGCGGGGCGGCCCCUCGACGGCGCCCAGGCGAGAGCGGCUCACGGGGCUUCCCGGGCCCUGAUCUCGGGGGACGCCUGUCCGCCUCGUCCCCGGGGGAGGACAGUGACCGCCGGUCUGCACGGGAAGGGGACUCGGCGCAUGCCCCGCAGGGCCGGCCCAGGACUGGGAGGCUCGGAAGGCGAUGCCGAGGCGGCGGCGGCGGCGGCGGCGGCGGCGGGCCUAGAAGGAGGCACGGAGCGCAUGUCCGGGACCCGCGCAAGCUCGGGGACACUCUCGCGGUCGCCGGGAGGCCCACCCAGGGUGCUUUCCUUUUUCCCCUCUCAGAAAUAUACGUCUGUCACAGUUAAGAGCAAAGCCUACGGCAAGAGUUCUACGCCCAAGAUGGCCAGCCGGAAGCGGGCUUCUCGCGACCAUGUGGCGAAGCCCCAUUCCCACUGA